CCGAGUCAGCAUCAUCUUGUUCGUCUAAUCCAAAUCGCACAACCUGAAAUCUGGCAUUAUUCGGACGGUCUGGAAUUUCUAGUUCUUCCAACCCAGUCUCGUGUUGUGCUCGUGCGCAGCACUUACCUACCUUCUUCUUGGCGUCGCUUGGUGCCGAUUCUUUCUGGAGAGAUGGGUGUAUGAGGCUUUGAGCCAAUCUGUCUCGCUAUCUACACGGAUCGCCCACAGGGUGGCUCCAGCCUGCGGGAUGGAGAGGUCGAAUUGAUGGUGCAUCGAAGGACUGUGAAUGACGACCAUUUGGGCGUAGACGAGGCGCUCCGAGAAAAUGGAGAGGACGGAAAUGGUACCCAUUUUGCUAUUCAUAUCUUGUACAGUCUAACCAUAUAUUUACAUGCUUUUUGGGGGUAG